GGAUGGGGCACACGUGUUUCCGAUCGAGCGUAACCUCACAAUCGCUCGCAACGUGACAAUCUAUGUUUUCUGGUGACACGAGCGUAUUUAUAUUUUGUACACGUUACAAAGAAUUACGAAUUUUUAUCCAGCAAAAAACUAAUACGUUGGUUGUGUGAUAUAUAUGAUUUAAUGAUUUUUAAGUGAGUGUUCCUGCUUCGAAUCAUGAAAAAAUUCGGUGAUCGUCAUAAAAUCUGUUCAACGACGCUGUCAUUCUGCAAUAAUAAAAGUUCGCUUGUCAUUUUUUAAGAAGACAAUUAGCUUGAAUUGUCAUAAUGGCAGUUUCUAAAAUUAAUUUGAAAAAUAAAAAAUUUACGGAAUUGGGUGUAACUUUGAGUGCUUCAGUGACGAAAACACUAAGAAAACUCAAAUUCCUAACCUCUACGCCAGUGCAGGCUGCCUGCAUACCUCUUUUGUUGUCUGGUAAAGAUGUUGCAGCAGAAGCUGUUACAGGAAGCGGAAAAACUCUUGCAUUUCUUAUUCCCCUUUUGGAGUUACUGCAGAGACGUGAAGAAAAAUGGAAAGCAACUGAAGUAGGCGCUAUUGUUAUCUCUCCUACCCGAGAGCUGGCCACUCAGAUUAGUGAAGUUUUGUCACACUUCCUGCAGAACAUACCUCAGCUUACACAAAUUCUUCUUGUUGGUGGUACAACGGUAAAAGAAGAUGUUGUUAGACUCAAAGACGGAGCUAACAUCAUAAUAGCAACUCCUGGCCGAUUGGAGGAUUUGUUGUCUAAUUGCAAAAGCAUUAAUUUGGCUGCAAAUGUCAAAUCAUUGGAACUUCUGGUAUUGGACGAGGCUGAUAGACUCUUGGAUCUUGGAUUUAGUGCAACAUUGAACACAAUUCUAAGUUUCCUACCAAGGCUAAGACGAACUGGACUUUUCUCAGCGACACAAACUAAAGAAUUGCAACAAUUGAUUAGAGCUGGUCUUAGAAAUCCUGCCCUCGUAUCAGUGAAAGAAAAAUCAACUUUUUCGACACCUCUGACUUUGAGCAAUUAUUACGUACUUGUUCAAGCUGAGAACAAAUUAGCAACCAUGAUUGACUUUGUGAGACUCAAAGGCGACAAUUUAAAGUACAUGAUAUUUUUUUCGACUUGCGCCUGUGUCGACUAUUUUAGCCACGUCAUUCAAUCAAUGUUGCCGAGCACAAGGGUACUGGCAUUGCACGGUAAAAUGAAAAGCAAGAGACACAAAGUUUUCGAUGAAUUUCGUAAUAUUCCGAGUGGCUUGCUCGUGUGCACAGACGUUAUGGCAAGAGGAAUCGAUAUACCGGAAGUGGAUUGGGUUUUGCAGUACGAUCCACCAUCGACAGCGAGUAGCUUCGUUCAUAGAUGUGGCAGAACUGCUAGAAUUGGUAAAGAAGGAAACGCGCUACUUUUUCUUCUCGAGACCGAGGAUGCGUACAUCGAAUUUAUCAAAAGAAAUCAAAAAGUUGAGCUAGAAAAACUCGAAUUGACAGCGGAGCCUGAGACAUCGUUAAAUUGUGUAAAAACAAUGAAAAUGCUUCAAAUGCAAGAUAGACUCGUGUUCGACAAGGCAAAUCGUGCACUUGUGUCUUACAUACAAAGUUAUCAAAAGCACGAAUGCAAUCUUAUACUCCGACUGAAAGAUCUCGAUCUUGGUAAAGUCGGUAUGGGUUUUGGUCUUUUGAAAAUGCCGCGAAUGCCAGAAAUCAAAGGUCGCGAUGUUUCCAGUUUCGUCGAAACUGACGUCGAUCUCAAUAGCAUUGGGUACAAAGACAAGCAACGCGAACAAAACAGGCUGGCAAAAUUGUCCGAGUAUCGUGAAACAGGGAUUUGGCCAGGAAAGAAUAAACGUCGUGUGAAACAAACGGAACCUUGGUCCGAGGCCAAAAAACGAAAGAUCGAGAGACAGGAAAAACGAGGAAAGAAGAGGGAGAAAAAGAAUGAAAAAAUGGAAAAAGGCUGCGUGAAAAAAGCGAAGAAAAAUAAAGUCGUCAGUGCUGAAGACAUCGCGGAACUAGCCCAGGACAUCGCAUUGAUGAAAAAAUUGAAAAAGAAAAAGAUAUCGCGGGAGGAAUUUGACGAGGCGUUUGGAAUCACGUAAAACAUGCUGUCCGAAUUAAAUCACAUUGUUAAAAUAAAGAACUCAAUAAAUUUUCUUAACGCCGUA